GCCACGGCGCUAGUGGGACCCGCGCGGCAGCGGCCGGAGAUGCAGCGGGGUGCCGCGCUGUGCCUGCGUCUGUGGCUCUGCCUCGGACUCCUCGACAGCGAGCGCGGCCCGGUGAGUGGCUACUCCAUGACCCCCCCGACCCUGGACAUUACAGAGGAGACACACGUCAUUGACUCCAGUGACAGCCUGUCCAUCUCCUGCAGGGGACAGCACCCCCUCGAGUGGACCUGGCCAGGGGCUCAGGAGGUGCCAGCCACGGGGGGAAAAGACAGCGAGGACACGGGGAUCGUGCAAGACUGCGAGGGCACGGACGCCAGGCCCUACUGCAAGGUGCUGCUGCUGCGCGAGGCCCAUGCCAAUGACACGGGCAGCUACCAAUGCUACUACAAGUAUAUCAAGGCCCGCAUCGAAGGCACCACUGCGGCCAGUGCCUACGUGUUCGUGAGAGACUUGGAGCAGCCGUUCAUCAAUAAGCCAGACACGCUCCUGGUCAACAGGAAGGACUCCAUGUGGGUGCCCUGCCUGGUGUCCAUUCCUGGCCUCAACGUCACGCUGCGCUCGCAAAGCUCGGUGCUGAGGCCUGAUGGGCAGGAGGUGGUGUGGGACGACCGCCGGGGCAUGCGGGUGCCCACCCUGCUGCUGCGUGAUGCCCUGUACCUGCAGUGCGAGACCACCUGGGGCGGCCAGACCUUCCUAUCCAACCCUUUCCUUGUGCAUAUCACAGGCAACGAGCUCUAUGACAUCCAGCUAUUCCCCAAGAAGUCACUGGAGCUGCUGGUUGGGGAGAAGCUGGUCCUGAACUGCACCGUGUGGGCUGAGUUCAACUCCGGUGUCACUUUCGACUGGGACUACCCAGGGAAGCAGGCUGAGCGGGGAACAUGGGUGCCAGAGCGGCGUUCCCAGCAGACUCACACAGAGCUCUCCAGCAUCCUGACCAUCCACAAUGUCAGCCAGCAUGACCUGGGCCCAUAUGUGUGCGAGGCCAACAACGGCAUCCAGCGGUUCCGGGAGAGCACCGAGGUCAUUGUGCAUGAAAAACCCUUCAUCAGCGUCGAGUGGCUCAAAGAUCCCGUCCUAGAGGCCACAGCAGGAGAUGAGCUGGUGAAGCUGCCCGUGAAGCUGGCAGCAUACCCUCCACCGGAGUUCCAAUGGUACAAGGACAGAAAGGCCGUGUCGGGGCGCCACAGUCCACAUGCCCUGGUGCUCAAGGAUGUGACAGAGGCCAGUGCAGGCAUCUACACCCUUUCUCUGUGGAACUCCGCAGCUGGCCUGAGGCGCAACAUCAGCCUGGAGCUGGUUGUGAAUGUGCCUCCCCACAUCCAUGAGAAGGAGGCCUCCUCCCCCAGCACCUAUUCCCGCCAUAGCCGCCAGGCCCUCACCUGUACUGCCUACGGGGUGCCCCCUCCUCUCAGUGUCCAGUGGCAUUGGCGGCCAUGGACACCCUGCAAGACCUUCACCCAGCGCAGCCCCAGCCGGCGGCAACAGCGAGACCGCAUGCCGCAGUGCCAGGACUGGAGGGAGGUGACCGUGCAGGAUGCCGUGAACCCCAUUGAGAGCCUGGACACCUGGACCGAGUUUGUGGAGGGGAAGAAUAAGACGGUGAGCAAGCUGGUGAUCCAGGAUGCCAAUGUGUCUGCCAUGUACAAGUGUGUGGUCUUCAACAAGGUGGGCCAGGACGAGCGGCUCAUCUACUUCUACGUGACCACCAUCCCUGAUGGCUUCAGUAUUGAAUCGGAACCAUCGGAGGAGCCACUAGAAGGCCAGGCCGUGCGCCUCAGCUGCCGGGCGGACAACUACACUUAUGAGAAUCUGCGUUGGUACCGCCUCAACCUGUCCACGCUGCACGAUGCACAUGGGAACCCGCUGCUGCUGGACUGCAAAAAUGUGCACCUGUUUGCCACGCCGCUGGCCGCCAGCCUGGAGGAGGCGGAGCCUGGGGUGCGCCACACCACGCUCAGCCUGACCAUCCCCCACGUGGUGCCAGAGCACGAAGGCGACUAUGUGUGCGAGGUGCAGGACCGUCGCAGCCACGACAAGCACUGCCACAAGAAGUACCUGUCAGUGCAGGCCCUUGAAGCCCCUCGACUUACGCAGAACUUGACUGACCUCCUGGUGAACGUGAGCGACUCCCUGGAGAUGCGGUGCCCCGUGGCCGGAGCGCACGUGCCCAGCAUUGUGUGGUACAAAGACGAGAGGCUGCUGGAGAAAGAGUCAGGAAUCGACCUGGCUGACUCAAACCAAAGGCUGAGCAUCCAGCGCGUGCGUGAGGAGGACGCAGGUCACUAUCUCUGCAGCGUGUGCAACGCCAAGGGCUGCGUCAACUCCUCUGCCAGCGUGGCCGUGGAAGGCUCUGAGGAUAAAGGCAGCAUGGAGAUCGUGAUCCUCGUGGGCACCGGGGUCAUCGCUGUCUUCUUCUGGGUCCUCCUCCUUCUCAUCUUCUGUAACAUGAGGAAGCCAGCCCAUGCAGACAUCAAGACCGGCUACCUGUCCAUCAUCAUGGACCCGGGGGAGGUGCCUCUGGAGGAGCAGUGUGAAUACCUGUCCUAUGAUGCCAGCCAGUGGGAGUUCCCCCGGGAACGGCUGCACCUCGGGAAAGUCCUGGGCCACGGGGCCUUCGGGAAAGUGGUGGAAGCCUCAGCUUUUGGAAUCAACAAGGGCAGCAGCUGUGACACUGUGGCUGUGAAAAUGCUGAAAGAGGGUGCCACAGCUAGCGAGCACCGUGCCCUGAUGUCAGAGCUCAAGAUCCUAAUCCACAUCGGUAACCACCUCAACGUGGUCAACCUCCUGGGGGCGUGCACGAAGCCUAAUGGCCCCCUCAUGGUGAUCGUGGAGUUCUGCAAGUACGGCAACCUCUCCAACUUCUUGCGCGCCAAGCGGGAGGCUUUCAGCCCUUACGCGGAGAAAUCCCCCCAGCAGCGGCGGCGCUUCCGCGCCAUGGUGGAGGGCGCCAAGGCUGACCGGAGGAGGCCGGGGAGCAGCGACAGGGCCCUGUUCACACGGCUCCUGAUGGGCAAGGGCGGGGUGGGGCGGGCCCCUCCGGUCCAAGAAGCUGAGGACCUGUGGCUGAGCCCACUGACCAUGGAAGAUCUUGUCUGCUACAGCUUCCAGGUGGCCCGAGGGAUGGAGUUCCUGGCCUCCCGCAAGUGCAUCCACAGAGACCUGGCUGCUCGGAACAUCUUGCUGUCGGAAAGCGAUGUGGUGAAAAUCUGUGACUUUGGCCUGGCCCGGGACAUCUACAAGGACCCUGACUACGUGCGCAAGGGCAGCGCCCGGCUUCCCCUGAAGUGGAUGGCGCCUGAGAGCAUCUUUGACAAGGUGUAUACUACACAGAGCGAUGUGUGGUCCUUUGGGGUGCUGCUCUGGGAGAUAUUCUCUCUGGGGGCCUCCCCAUACCCUGGGGUGCAGAUCAAUGAGGAGUUUUGCCAGCGGUUGAAAGAGGGCACGCGGAUGAGGGCCCCGGAGCUGGCCACUCCUGCCAUACGCCACCUCAUGCUGAGCUGCUGGUCUGGAGACCCCAGGGAGAGGCCCGCGUUCUCGGAGUUGGUGGACAUUCUGGGGGACCUGCUCCAGGGCUGGGGCCGGCAGGAGGAGGAGGAGGACUGCAUGGUGCCCUGCAGCUCAAGCUCAGAGGAGGGCAGCUUCCUGCAGGCGUCCACCACAGCCCUGCAUGUCGCUGAGGCUGAUGCCACCGAGGAAGGCAGCCCGCCAAACCAGCACAGCCUGGCUGCCAGAUAUUACAACUGUGUGUCCUUUCCCGGAUGCCUGGCUAGAGGGACCCAGGGUCCCUCCAGGAUGAAAACGUUCGAAGAAUUUCCCAUGACCCCAACGAACUACAAGGCUUCGGUGGAUAACCAGACAGACAGUGGGAUGGUGCUGGCCUCCGAGGAGUUUGAGCGGUUGGAGAGCAGGCACAAACAAGAAGGCGGGCUCAGCUGUAAAGGACCUGGCUGGAAUGUGGACGUGACCAGGGUGCACCCUGACCCCCAGGGGCGGCGGCGGCGGCCAGACUGGGCAGCCCGGGGAGGCCAGGUGUUCUACAACAGCGAGUACGGGGAGCUGGUAGGGCCGCGCAAGGAGAGCGACUUCGCCCCAUCAGCCCGAGCGCCCUUCUUCGCAGACAACAGCUGCUAAGGAGGCCCCAGCAAAGCCCGCCAGGCUCUGGCCUCCCAUAGUUGAGGGUGUGCCUAGUGGGGGAGCAGAGGGCUGGGGCCCAGGCUGGGAGCUCAUCUACUUUGAUUCAGCCUGGAGGUGUUUCCUUCUCCCUGUCUACAUUCUUCCUAGCUAUGGAGAGCAAAACCCAGGCUCCAGGGCCCCCCAUACACCAUCACCACGACUGCCCAGGGCUGGCCCAUGGACCCCCACAGCCCUUCUCCCCUUCAGAUCAGAUUCCACGUAGCUUAGGGUCUACAGGGCCCAGUCCAGGGCCAGGAGCUCCCAUGGGAAUGUCCCUUCGAUCGCUUCUUCUCACCCUGGUGGGCGGUGGCGUGAUCCCCGUUUUCUGAUAAGGAAUUUGAGAGUCUGACUGUCACAGUGAUCUUGGUGGAGCCAAACGUGAGCUGCGGCCUCCCAAGCCCCUCCCUAAAUGCUGUCCCUCCACGCAGCCCUCCCCUCCCUGGGGAAGGCCUUUUUUCACUUGCCUCCCCAGGGCCAAAGAGGGGUGUACCAUAUUCCUAUCUCAAAGCACAAAUAAGGAACUGGAAGGGGGUCCUCCCCUGAGCCCAGCCAAGCAGCUAACCACCGGGGGCCAUGGGCUCUGCCACACUACCAGUUACAAUGCGCCUUCCCCUGAGUGUGAGAAGAACGAGUCUACAGAUUGUUUUUCAUGAGAACUUCAGAGACUCUUUGAGCUGCUGUGACUUUUCAUAACUUCAAUCUGAAGGGAGCCCAGGGAAGGCCUUUCUGAAUCUAGACGAUUCCUUGUCCUGACCCGCAGCUGGUGCCAUCAUAGCAGAUGCAGCUGUGGCCAUGUCUGGAGAAGGUCCCAGCCCCUCCUGCCUGGCCCAGAAUCAGACGAAGCAGCUGACAGUCUGGAAGAGCCCCAUUUGAGAAACACCCGGUUCUUCCCUCCAGGGCCUGGGUCUGCACCUGAGGCACCUCCCAUGCUGUGAAUGAGAGAUGAACACCAUGGAUUCUACCCAGGAAGCCUGCAGGGAGGGCCCAGAGGGCCUCCCAGCAUUGCUUCAUGCCAGUAGGCAAUCAGCAGAC